AUGAACUUUUAUGAUUCGAUUGGUCUCCCGAUGCACUUGCUUGGAUCAAGACAAAUUUGUCCUGCCUUUCUAAGCAAUCAAACCACAUGGUUAGCCUCUCCAUCUCCUCGACUGCCUAUUCAAGGAUUUGUUCCGCCCUCUUGCGUAGCUUUACCGACCUCCGGCGGCGGCAUUUCCUGCCAACUCUCACCACAUUGCCACGUCUCUGUUGACCCAUGGCUCUUCAGCCAGCCUUCACGGGCCCAUAGACCGGAAGGUUACAGGGGAGCUGGUUUUUCCGGUCGGGACUUAGAAAAUGCAGGUGCUGCAGUCUGCACUAUUCGUCACGGAGUCAGUGGAAUCGGUUCUUCCGAUCUUACAUGCAGCCAUUCUUGUAAUGGUUCUGGUGACGAUGCCUUCGGAUGCCCCUGCUCAUUUAACAAUAAUGACUUUCAUGUGAUUGCUGGCGUUGGCAGAUCUUGCAAUGAUGGUCACCUUAAUUUUUCGCUUUGGCCUAAUGAACAAAAUCAUCCCAACUGCACCAUUAAACCACUGUUGGGCCAUCCGGAAUCGAAGUGGCGUCAGGAGAACCCUCGUCCUCUGCCUUCCUCUAUACGUAUCGAAAAACCGCCUCGAAAAGCCGACUCAUCUUGCCAAGUUUUUGUUGCCAGUGCAUCCGAGAGAUCAUUUGCUGUCUGUAGACCUAAUAAGGGCAUGGAUACUCCAUUAGGAAGCAGGAUAAAUCGAAUUAGACUCAGUGUAUCAAUGAACAAAGAUUACCAAUCGUGCAAGCCUACUGCACAAUCUCAGGCAAAUUCCCACAAAAAACAUGUACUUUCUCAUCCAAAUCUUGGGCUUGCCAAACAUGAUCUUCCUCACCAGCAAAUUGUCCCAUGUUCUAAUUCUUACAAUUACUCUCAAAGCAACAGUAAUGACCCCUUCGACGUGAGUAGGCUGAACUGUCGAUUCGAAUCAGGUUCGCCAGCUAAGCUAGAAGAAACAAGGCCACCAGCACUUCAUCACCAUUCCAGUAGAAUCACAUCUUCACCUUCUGCAUCGUUAGAGCAGCUGCCACCAAAAAUGGUACAAAGCAAGUGUGAGCAAUGUUCAGCACAGCCUCAGACAGAUUUAUGCUUCUCUCCCGAGAAAAAUGCAUUUGGAGCUCAGGUCCAGCUGCCGAACAGCCAGUUUGCUGGACUGUCCUGUCGUACCAACAGCAACGACAAAAAUGGUGUCGCCGUAGAGACAAGAGACUCUUGUUAUUUUAGGACGCAUUCAAGGACGGGCGACCACCAGUCGGUUGGCGAAGGAUCGGCAGAUCACUAUCGAGUACUCAUCAGGGUGAGGUUGCACAGUGCCAGAAUUUUUACAAUGAGGCAGUGUAGUAAAACCAAUAAUAUCCUGGAUAUACUUGAAAAACUUUGGAUAAUUUUUACUAGUUAUCGCUAA